AUGCUAAUGGUCCAAGGAACAACGCCAGAGGCCACACGUCACCCACCCAUAUCCACUAUAACCUUCGAGCAGUAUGACUACCAAGCAAAGGCCACCAAUCUAGAUAACGCCGAGGUCAUUUCUAUCCAGGCAGGAGAUCUCCUAAUGAAGAAGGUCCUACUUGUCCCAGGCAGCAGUGUUGACGUAUUGUUCUACUCCACCUUCCAAAAGAUGAAGCUAAGUGAAAAAACAAUGCAUCCUUCCUCGGGAGAGUUGGUAGGAUUUUCAGGGGAACGGGUGCAUAUACUUGGGAGCAUAUGGAUGAAAGUAACACUGGGAGACCACCCAUUAUCAAGAACAAAGGACGUGCAGUUCUUAGUGGUGGACUGCAUUAGCCCUUGUCACGUCAUUCUCGGUAUAGAAAAAUCAGGUAGCAACCAUACACUUCGAUCAAAGGGAAGCACGACAUUGCUACAAUGA